CUCUAACGCUAUUUUAACCUCGCUCUCUCUGAGUUCUAGGGUUUUGCAUUCAGUCGUGUCGAUGGCGUUGUUCUUGCUCUGUGAAUCUGCCUCUGGCUAUGCCCUGUUCGAGGCUCAUGGCGUCGACGAAAUCGGUCAGAACACUCAAGAGGUUCGGAAAUCCGUUUCGGAUUUGAACAGGUUUGGGAAGGUCGUCAAGCUUCGCUCUUUCAAUCCUUUUACCUCUGCUCUCGAUGCUCUCAAACAGUGCAAUGCCGUCUCCGAAGGCAUAUUGACUGAUGAACUGAGGACUGUUUUGGAGACUAACUUACCUAAAGUGAAGGAUGGUAAGAAGUCUAAGUUCAGUUUAGGUGUAUCAGAUCCUAAGAUUGGUUCGCAGAUAUCUGAAGUGUCUAAAAUUCCUUGCCAAAGUAAUGAGUUUGUGAAUGAAUUACUUCGUGGUGUGCGGUUCCAUUUUGAUAGGUUUGUCAAUGAUCUCAAGUCAGGAGAUUUGAUUAAGGGACAACUUGGUCUGGCGCAUAGUUAUAGCAGAGCAAAGGUGAAAUUUAAUGUUAAUCGAGUUGACAAUAUGGUCAUUCAAGCAAUCUUCCUUCUUGAUACACUUGAUAAGGAUAUCAAUUCGUUCUCCAUGAGAGUCAGAGAAUGGUAUUCAUGGCAUUUUCCUGAACUGGUGAAGAUUGUAAAUGAUAAUUAUCUGUAUGCCAAAGUUUCAAAAUUUAUUGAGGAUAAAUCAAAGUUGUCUGAAGACAAUAUUUCAGACUUAACUGAAGUUGUUGGAGAUGAAGAUAAAGCAAAAGAGAUUGUGGAAGCUGCCAAGGCCUCCAUGGGUCAGGAUUUGUCUCCAGUGGACUUGAUUAAUGUUCAGCAAUUUGCACAGAGGGUAAUGGACCUAUCUGAGUACAGGAGGAAGCUGUAUGAUUACCUGGUUGCAAAAAUGAAUGAUAUUGCACCAAAUUUGGCAUCUUUAAUUGGUGAAGUUGUUGGUGCUCGAUUAAUUUCCCAUGCUGGUAGCCUCACAAAUUUAGCUAAGUGCCCCUCUUCAACUCUUCAAAUUCUUGGGGCAGAGAAAGCUUUGUUCAGGGCCUUAAAAACAAAAGGAAACACUCCUAAAUAUGGGUUGAUAUUCCACUCUUCUUUUAUUGGUCGAGCAUCUGCCAGAAAUAAGGGUCGAAUGGCUCGCUAUCUUGCAAACAAAUGCUCCAUUGCAUCCCGGAUUGACUGCUUUUCUGAAAGCGGUACUUCUGCGUUUGGAGAGAAACUACGUGAGCAAGUUGAGGAGCGACUUGACUUUUAUGACAAGGGAGUUGCCCCUCGUAAGAACAUAGAUGUCAUGAAGUCUGUUAUUGAAAAUGCUGAAAACAAAGUUGCUGCAGAUACGGAGAUGGAAGCUGAAGAAGUGCCUGUUGAAAUUUCAGCCAAGAAAGCCAAGAAGAAGAAGCAAAAACCUGCUGCUGAUGAUGAAGUUGAUGACAUGGCCGUAGAUAAGCCCACAGAAAUUACAAAUGGUGAUGCAGUGGAGGAUCAUAAAUCAGAAAAGAAGAAGAAAAAGAAAGAAAAAAGAAAAUUGGACCAGGAGAUGGAUGAUCAGGUUGUCGAUGACAGUGCCAAUGGGGUCGCAGUUAAAAAGAAGAAUAAAGGGGAUGAUAAUGGGGAAGUACUGGAGGCUGCUAAUGAGACUAAGAAGAAGAAAAAGAAAUCAAAAAGUAAGGAUACCGAGUAAACUAUGGAUUGCAGUUUUAACGGUUGAAAUCGAAUUUGUCAUAUUAUAGUUUUGGAUAAUUUUAAAUUUUGUUUGCUUUGAACUUUUACCAGUUGCUGCACUGACUAAGAAGAAAAAGAAAUCAAAAAGUAAGGAUACCGAGUAAACUAUGGAUUGCAGUUUUAACUGUUGAAAUCGAAUCUGUCAUAUUAUAU